UCAAGCUUAACCAACUUGAUGACCAAGGUAAUUUUUACUAUAAAUAAAAUCAUAAUAUCUUCACAAAAGCACAUCUUACAAACAUACAACAACAAGUUAUUUCACAAUCAAAACUUUUUAGAUCAGAAGUAAGUGUCUCAAUAGUAUAUUGUAAUAAUAAAGUUCGUGGAUUUUGUUUCGGGACUGUGAAACCAUGAUUAUAUUUUGAGAUUCAAAAUUCGCAUAGAACUAUUACAUAUUACAAUGAUUUAUUAAAUUAAGAAAAGAGAUCAAAUUUCGGUUAUGUGAAUUCGUCUAUUUCCUUAUAGUUUUUUUAAUAUUUUUACAUCUAUUAUUAUCAUUUCUGUUUUUUUUUUCGUGAAUGUCAAUCAUGAUUUUUAUGGUUCUACAUAAGCAUGAAAGAUAAUUUAUUAUUUGAGUGUUAAAUUCUAAUAGAUUAAGGUUCCAAAAUUUUCAUUUUCGCAAUACUUUUUUUGUCGUGUGAAUCAUAUCAUCACAUUGUUUUAUUAUUGAAUACGAUUUACAAAGUCAAAUGUUUUUAGCUUUUCUGUACAACGUUCAGCUAACUAACAACAACAAGGGCUGACAUUCUUUUAUUCAUAAACAGUAUGAAUUAAACAAACGAAUUAUUCAGGAAACGAGCUUUUCAAAAAAAAAAAAUUUCUCUUUUUUGCUUUUCAAAUAUUAAAGCAACGAAUGUUUUUUUUGUUGGGUUAGCCGCAUUUUUUCUUCAUACAGUUGUAAACGUCAAGAAAAGAAAAGAAGCAAAAACCAAAUGGGAACUCCAGAGAAUACAAGAGAACCAUGUCCCGACCGGAUCUUAGAUGAUAUUGGCGAUGCGUUCGGCAUGGGUAUUGCCGGAGGAUCUGUCUUUCACUUCAUCAGAGGAAUCAACAACUCUCCCUCAGGCGCUCGUCUCUCCGGCGGCGCACAGUAUGUACGUAUGAACGCUCCUAAACUCGGAGGAAGCUUCGCCGUAUGGGGUGGUCUGUUCUCGACCAUGGACUGCGCCAUGGUGUACGCUAGACAGAAGGAAGAUCCAUGGAACUCCAUCUUUGCCGGCGCCGCCACCGGAGGCCUUUUAUCGCUGCGUCAAGGUUUCCGCGCGUCUGCUAGGGCGGUUUUGGUGGGAGGUGCGGUGUUAACUCUCUUACAAGGAGUACAGAUCGCUUUGGACAAACUCGCGAAUGCUGCGCAGCAGCACGAGCAGGCUUCCAUGAGUGAUGCGGCCUCCUUACCACCUGCUCAGGUUUAUGAGACUUCUUCUGCUCCGGAGGCAGGUUCGGGGUCUUGGUAUGGAGGUUUGUUUGGGAGUGGGAAGAAAGAGGAGUCUGAGGAUAAGUCAGGGAGCAAGACUCGGGUUCUUGAGAGCUGUGAUGCGCCUCCCGUCUCAACUUAGGAGCUUAACUAAUUUGUGUGGAAAAUAAAAUUGAGUAAACACAAAUUUCAUUGUGUGAGAUGGUAUUUAAGAGGAAACUGUGUAUGAUUUGUUUUUGUGUAAGGUCAAAAAAGUCAAAUCUCGAUUCCUUAGAUUCAUCUUUUUUCUUUUACUAUAUUUUUAAUAUACAGUACUUGUUAUAAUCUUUUUUAAUUGUUUGUUUCGUGAUUUUCAAUCAGAAUUUUAUAGUUAAAA